AUGAAGACAAUAUGGUGGAAGAUCACCAAAGGAACUUGGCAGCGGAUGAAAAAGAAAACCCGAAAAAACGACCUUAGUAAAAAAGAUGGACAAGCAAAAUGUGGCAAAUCAACCAUUUCUGCCUUAUCACAUUUGUUAACACUCAUAACUGACUCUCUCGAAAAGAGUAGAUCAGCAGCGGUAGCAUUAUGCGACCUGAGUAAGGCCUUUGAUUGUGUGAACCAUCAAACUCUUCUUGCCAAAUUAGAGCUAUACGGCAUCAGGGGAUUAUCAUUGCAAUUACUCACUUCGUACUUGACUAACAGACGACAGUGUAUCAGAGGGUCAGUACUGGGACCCCUACUAUUCAUAAUCUACACCAAUGAUUUUUACUACUAUAUAAAGGACAAGGCGGACUGUGUGCUCUUUGCAGACGACACUACUCUGACAUGUAGUAAUAGUGUUUCAAAUUUAGCUACUGAAAAGGUGACGGAAGCAGUUAAGAAUGCUGAAGUGUGGUUCAAUUCAAAUUAUUUAAAGUUGAACCAACAGAAAACGCAACAGGCUCUAUUUACCUCUAGCAAUGCUACUUAUGACAGUACGAGCUUCAGGCUACUGGGACUUGAAAUUGACUCCAGUCUUAGAUGGACUAGUCAGAUUGAUUCUAUUUGCAAGAAACUGUCAUCAAGUGUGUCGAUAUGGUACUCCUUUAUUGUAUGCACGAACAUUUGCAUCAGUGGUACAGCAUCUCCGAGAUCAUGCUACCUUCAACCUCAAACUCACAAUCGUGUCCGUGAUAGGACAGAAAGAAUACUGCAAGCUGAAGAACAAAUUUUGGAACCUGACUCAGCACUCGCCGACUUGCAGCUGAAGUUGGAGUUUCACAGCUUGUAG